CAAGGCAUCAGUCGUCAAGGCUCAGUCUAUGGAAGUGGCCGGCUAUUGAACCAUGCCCCAGCCCGGGCCCCAGGACAGCUGAGUCCACAGAGAGGAGCGCAUCUUUCGGAAGUAGGGCCUUAGCUAAAAGAAAAAAGCUUUCAUAUUGUGAUUUCAUGCUGCAGGACAGGAGGAGCGACUCAGAGGACUGGGAUAAAGAGACAGAGAGAUGAGUCCUAAACACUGCAGCUCGGUGAAGACACAAAACAAUACACACGUGAAACUAUAACUGAAGGAAACACACCCCCACUGCUGGUAACAAAACAAGGGAGGCCUGGCGGGACUUGGAGGAAGCACCAGUAGCUGUCCAUCUAUCCAUCUAACCAGCCAGAAGCAUGCAGGGGCUGGUGUGGAGCCUGUGUGCCCUGCUCUGCCUCUCCCUCUGGGAGGAAGGUUUCUGCAGGAGCUCCAUUAAUGCACGCAGGACCAAAGAGCCUACUCUCCGUAGGAGUAAAAGAGCCCCCAUCGAUCCUGAUGGCAAAAAGUGUUCCUACACCUUCCUUGUGCCCGAGGAGAGAAUCACAGGUCCAAUCUGUGCCAGCACCACAGGCCCAGAGCCAGACAAGGACCGAGUGACCCGUAUGGACAUUUCAGAUGUGCGGGAGGUGCUUAAUAAACAGAGGCUUGAGAUUGAGACGCUGCACCUGGUGGUGGAUGUGGAUGGUAACUUGGUAAAUGAGAUGAAGCUGCUGCGGAAGGAAAGCAGGAACAUGAACUCUAGGGUGACCCAACUCUACAUGCAGCUGCUACAUGAGAUCAUCAGGAAAAGAGACAACUCUCUGGAGCUGGCCCAGCUGGAAAACCGCGUCCUCAAUGUGACCUCUGAAAUGAUGCGACUGGCUUCAAGGUAUAAGGAGCUGGAGUCCAGGUUUGCAACAAUGGCAGGAGUGGUCAACAACCAGUCCAUUCUCAUCUCUGCACUGGAGGAGCAGUGCAUGAGGACUGCGGGACGCGGUGAGCUGCCUGUUGUUCCCCCCCUGGUACAGGUGGUACCGCAGCAUCUACCAGUUAACAGCCGUUUCACCAAUGAGAUACAGAGGGACCAUAACAACCGGGCCUUUCCUAGAGGAUCACGCAUGGAAUCCCCUACUGCAAGUCCUUUUGGGAUUGACCCACCACCACCACAGGGAACACUUACCUCUGAUGGUCCGUUCAAAGACUGUUUCCAGGUGCGGCAGGCAGGCCAUACCACCAGUGGGAUGUACCUGCUUAAGACCGAUGGCAGUGACCGGUUAAUACAAGCCUGGUGUGAACAUGGCCUUGACAAUGGAGGAUGGACUGUGCUGCAAAGGAGGAGAGAUGGCUCCGUAAACUUCUUUCGGAACUGGGACAACUACAAGAAAGGCUUUGGAAACAUAGAUGGUGAACACUGGCUUGGGCUGGAAAAUAUUUACAACCUGGGGAAGCAGGGCGACUAUAAGCUGAUGAUAGAGAUGGAGGAUUGGACGGGGAAGAAGGUGUACGCCGAGUACAGCAGCUUCCACCUGGAGCCAGAGAGCGGGGGUUAUCGGCUGAGGCUCGGCACCUACCAGGGCAACGCCGGGGACUCCUUCAGCAGCCACAACGGCAAACAGUUCACCACGCUGGAUCGCGACAAGGAUGCAUUUACAGGUAAUUGCGCCCAUUUCCAUAAGGGUGGCUGGUGGUACAAUUCAUGUGGCCAGACUAACCUGAAUGGCGUGUGGUACAGCGGGGGAGUUUACCGAAGCAAAUUUCAGGAUGGGAUCUUCUGGGCAGACUAUGGAGGAGGGUUCUACUCCCUUAAGUCAGUCCGACUUAUGAUCCGACCGAUUGACUGAAACACAGCACUUCAGUUCCCUUUGAAUGCAACUCAGUGUCCCUCCUUGUAAAAUACGAAGGAGGAAGAGACGCCAGGGAAUUAAGACUCUAAAAGUGUUGCUAUGACUAGCUCCAAAGUUGACUUUGAAAUGAAAACUGAUGCCAGUGCCUUUCCUAAGUCACUGCUCCAUCUUCCAUCUUUCAGUCUGGAAAGUUAUAGUCCAUCAAGCUUUCUAGGACCAUCAAGUAUUAUUCUCAAAUGUCCUAUUUUACUCAAUCUUGAUGGUAAUCAGCAUCUUAUAAAAAGGGAAAUGGUAAUUUACUAGAGAGAUGAGAUUUCUUCUGAGCAGCUAAUGAUGACUUAAUGAAAAGUAGUGUCACCCAUACAAGAGGGGAUUGGAUUUAAUGGGAUGUUUAACAAAUGUAUGUAAAAAUGCUAAAAUGUAAAGUUGUGUCGCCAGUUAGACUCCCUGUGGAUCAAACGGUUAGGGAACAGGACAUGCUCGACCUUCGGCCUACUCCUUUCUGGGUUUUUCUUUUGGACUUCUGGGGUUUCUAUAAAACCCCCCAGAAAAUGAUCUUGUGCUUUUCCAAUGUACAUAUGGCUGAGCUGGCUAUGGUGUGUAAAUAUAUUUGGUUUAAUUUGUGAAUGGUAAUUUAAGCGGUGUGAUUCUGCUCAGGCCGAUUGUUCACAAUGUUGUCACUCUGCCAUUCGUUGUUAUUUAUCAGUGUAUUUAUAGUAAGUAUAGUCAUGGUUGUUUUAUAUCAAGCCCUGUAAUAAAACAAUUAUUUGAAAAAGG